ACCAUAUUGGUAUGUUCAUACCAUCAUGGUACGCUUUCUUACCAUAUGGUAUUAAAUUGGAGCAUACCGUAUGGUAAUGACUGGUAAAAAAUUAUUUAAUUUUUUUGUACUAAAAAUAUAUCAAAAUGGAUAUCAUUUUGAAGAGCAUAUUAAUCUGAUUUAUCUGUGCAAAAAAAUUAAAUUUCGACUUAAAACGAGAGAGAAAUCGUCCGUUAAAGAUUAAAGAGGAAAAUAUAAAAGACUUUCCGGAAGAGAGAGACUACUGAUGUCAUACUGAUGUGGAUAGGUUAUUUAUGGUUACUAACCAUAGAGUUACUGACCUGAUCCGCUCCCGUCUAGCGAAGCAAGGGCUGGCGUAUUGUUCAUGUUACGUAUGGGCUUGUCGGGGAGGUCUGAAAACAAACUCUCAUCACGCAAAAGCUUUGAAAUGGGCUUCUUACUUGCGGGCUAGCAAGUUAUUCAGAUGGGCGGCCCGAGGGAAAACUCUAUAGUUUCGGGCCAGAAGCCCAGCAAACUCAGCUACAUACUUCUGUUGAAACUAGCCGCCGUUGGCAAGGCUCGGGCAACGGACAAAUGGCUAGACUGAUACGACCCUUGCGCCUGCAACAGUGGCCGCAGCUCAACAACCACCAUUGUUGCCGCUCACGUCCUUCGCUCCACCAUCUCCUAACCUUGUCAACUUCAAUAAUAAACUGCUGCAAAGCCGCUCCGCAAUUUGUCUCUUUCACUAUUGCGCCCUUCUCCUCUUCCCGCAGCGUCCACACUCGCACUCGUGCUCGCGGUCCCAGAUUCGCUAACGCACCGCGGUCGGCCGAAGUCGACGAGAAGGAAGGCGAGGCCGGAAGCAGCGAUUCCGACUCCGAUGGAAAGAAAGGCCGCAACGAGAGGAAGCGCGAGGCUCGUCGCGCCGUCCUGUGGGCGAUGGAGCUCGCUGCCUUAUCUCCCCUGCAAAUCAAACGAGUUCUAAGGAUGGCUAAGCUUGAACGGGAGGUGUUUGAAGCAUUGACGCUAGUUAAGAGACUAGGACCAGACGUCCGAGAAGGAAAACGAAGGCAAUACAACUAUAUCGGGAAGCUACUUCGUGAGGUAGAACCUGAGCUAAUGGACGACUUGAUACACGCAAGCAAAGAUGGGGACUGGAGUAGGCUGCAGGGAAUUCCUGGUUUCAAAGCCGAUGAAGCUGAUGACAAAGAAAUCGAAGAGGAAUUCGAAGAGGUUUCUGAGGAGCACAUUGAGAUGGCAACCAGAUGGUUUGAUGGUUUAAUCACGAAUGACGUUGACAUUACAAAAGAAGUUUAUGCACUUCGCGUGGUUGAUUUUGAUCGCCAGGAGUUGCGGAAACUGGUACGAAAAGUGCAUGCAGUUCAAGAACGAGUCUCUGAUGGAGACGAGGAGAGUGAGAAGAAGGUGGCUGCCGCUGCCAUGGCCAGUGCCAAGAAGUCCCUCAACAGGUUCCUUCGUAUCCUUGCCAAGCAGAUGCCUAAUGAAUCCAACCAACCCCAUUGUUGAGUUUUAACAAGAGAAAGGUAUAUAUAUUUUCAUUAUUGGGCACGAAUCGAUGGACAUACCAGACGUCAGGCCCAAUAGGCCUGUGCUUGGAAAUGGGCGUGGAAGUCCAUUGAUUCAAGGUUUUUCUGCUUACGCAAAGCCAGAAGGUUGAAUCCAGGCCCGAAGAUUCCCACUUUGAUGGGGGACGUUAACUUCUACCAGAUCCGUUCUUCCCUUUAUUACUCAUUUCUCCUAAAUUAUUUUUUGUAUCUUUCCUGGACUCUUUUAAAUCUUAGUUUAACCUGAAUUUAUUUCUUGAACAAAUAUUUUGUGGAUGUGAAGCAUUUGGGCGUGGAUAUGUGAAUCUAGAGGCGGUUCAUAAAAUAUAAUAUGUGUUCUGUUCUGUUAUGUACUCGAUUGAGAUUGGAUGAUGUUUGCCAUUCCAUAGUGUAAAUAUUAUAGGCGGUGACGUAAGUUGCAGGGACAGCCAUUGCCAGACCCGAUUUCCGGACAUAGACAAGGUUUAGUAGGUUGAGAAGAGACGGACGAGGAGGCAAAACUGCUGAUGCAGAAGAUAGUAACAAGUUUGUUGUUUUGUCGAGACAGAAACCUACAUUAAUUCAAAGAGGGCGGUUGAAUUAUAUAUUAUGUGGAGCAAAUGAUCCCUCGUUGUUUCGCGUAUUGCCCUGACCUCUCUUGUUAAGUCUUGAUCAAUAAUAAUGCUUUUUCUUGAUAUUUUAUUUGGGCAUCAGCUGAUGUGAUCGGGUCAUUAUUCUUCCACGGGAGUAGCUCUAUCAUCGAGUGCAAAUCACAUUAUUAUUUGGCCCAUCCAUUUCUUUCGUUUAGGCUACACCAGUCAACUCAUCAUGAAAUGUUGCUGUGGUGAGGUGUAUUUUCAGGCAAUCUGAUGCAAUGUUUUCAAACCGUAUUAUACAUGUCUGUUUCGUGUACCGAAUCUCAAACGUUAGCGGUUUUAGGAGCUGUAUGAAACAAUUGUAUCAAGGUUACACCACGAUUUUAGUAUAAAACACACCCUAUUAUGGGUACCACCGACUUUUCUUGUAGAACAUCUGAAACCGUCAAAUGUUUCAUACGUAUAAUAGUUGUUUAGAAUAUGACAAUACAAUCUUAUACUCAAUCAAAUAACAAAAUAUGUGAUAGUAAGUCGAUCCACUAUUAUACCUGUGCAUCUUUAGCUUUCCUCUAAUCAACUGUUUUUUUUUUCUUGUGUGAAAUCAAAUCUUAAGGAUAGGGAGGGUGGAGUCAUAAUAAUUGUGUUGGGGACGAUUCACAGGGUCGGCUGAAAUAAUUUCAUUUACAUGACCGUUGUUGCAUUCAUCAAUCAUCAUCAUCGCUCUUCCAUUGGAGCUUAUGCGAAAGCCCAUCAGUCCAGCUAAUCACACGUAUCUAAGUUUUAUUUCCUUUCUUCAUUGUACCUCUCAAUUUUAUACGUCUCACCUUAUAUUCAACAUUUCCGGUUGAGUAUUGUUUACUGGUGGAGCCAUAAGUUCAAAAUAGGUGUCCUUUAGGAUCUACUCCAGCAUUUAGAAAUUGGUUAAUUGGUAAAGAUACAUGUACUUGAUGCCCCGCCCAAGAAAGAGACCCUAUAUGAUGUAACUAUAUGAUCAAUAUUUUUAAAAAAGUAAUACUAAAAAAUUCAUUCAAAAAAGAAAAUGAAUCUAUUAUUACAUUUUUUUUAAACAUCCGUGACGUGUUUUCAUAUCCGGAAAGAAUUGUUAAGAAAAUCGAUCACCUAUAUUCUUAAGGAGUGUAUCCAACUAAGUUUUUUUUUUACGUAUAUAAAACUGUCCUUAUGAA